AAUCAGGCGGUCGAUUAGUACAGGAGCGGCCAAUCGGCAGAUCAGCAAACGCCGGGGACUCGCCCGAAGUCCACUUACCAGGGCAAAUGUGGCUACGCGUGGCUUCCAUGGGGAAAAGGUUUCCACUAUGUUACGGGAAGUGUCUGCCCCGUGGUGCAUAAAUAAAAUAAUGCAGGCCGGCACGAGUGGUCAAGAUGGCUUUGGUGAUGGAAGAUCCCUGGCUCGGAUGUGUGCACAAAGACUACGCACUUCUUAUUAAGAAGGAUCUUUCCUACCUAACUUCAAACAUUCUCUCAACUUAAUCCAGAUUUAUCCAUAACUAUGACAAUGGAUAGGAUCGAGUUGACCGUUCCCUUUCGCUUAGCCGGUGUAGAAGCUCCUAUUCCGUACUUCGUGGCGAUCGUCUUUGUUUUCUUGACGUAUUUCACCUUGCAGGGCAACAAGGUCCCCGCUCUCCCGCUUGUGAAUGGAAAGAAGUUCCCCGAGAUCAGCAAUGGUCGGACGAAAAAGCACUUUGCUUUGAAUGCUUCGGAGGUCAUUCAGCAUGGAAUCGAAGCUCAGAAAGGAAGCCCCUUUCGCGCCAUCGCAGAUGUUGGUGAAGUCGUCCUUCUUCCUCCCGAGUUCGCCAACGAAAUUCGAAACGACAACCGCUUCAGCUUUGUGAAGCACGUUCGUGAGAGCUUCCAUGGCCAUUUACCAGGGUUCGUUGGCUUCGAUGAGGGCAGCCGUGACUCUAUGCUUCUCAGAUCAGUCUCACAAAAGCAAUUGACUCAUCAGUUAGCCAAGGUCACGGAGCCUCUCUCUGACGAAACCAGCACUGCUCUCCAAGAACUUCUCACCGACAACCUGGAAUGGCACACUGUUGCACUCAAGAGUACUAUUCUACAGCUUGUCGCCCGAAUCUCGUCGAAGGUAUUCCUUGGAGAUCAAUUGUGCCGAAACCAGAAAUGGCUCGAUAUCUCGGUUGGCUAUACGACAAAUGUUUUCGCAGCCGCCGAGGAACUCCGGCUGUGGCCUAGGCCUUUGCGCAAUAUUGUGCACUGGUUUCUCCCCAGAUGCCGCGUUGCUCGGAAACAGGUGAAAGAGGCCCGCAAUAUCGUUCAACCCUUAGUCGAGAGUCGAAAUCGAGAGAACGCCGAGAGGCUUGCUGCCGGCAAGGAGCCAGUUUUGUAUAAUGAUGCUAUUCAGUGGUGUGAGGAUAAUGCGAAAGGGUCGGAUUUUGACGCCCCUAUUAUGCAGCUCAUGAUGUCUGUGGUUGCUAUUCACACUACUACAGAUCUCCUAUGUCAAGUCAUGCUUGAUUUAGCAGAACAUCAUUCCAUCGUUGAACCGCUGCGCAAUGAGGUAAGGACGAUUUUACAAGAGGGUGGAUGGAAAAAGACUUCACUAUACAACAUGAAAUUGUUGGAUAGUGUUGUGAAAGAAUCACAGCGACUAAAGCCCAUAACCAUCGCUAGUAUGCGCCGUGUAACGACCGAGGAGGUCAGACUUUCUAAUGGUUUGGUUUUGCCGCCAGGUACCAAGACUGCGGUUUUGGCAAACCGCAUGUGGGAUCCAAGUGUGCACGAGAACCCCCUCGAAUGGGAUGGAUACCGAUUCUUCAACAUGCGACAGCUACCGGGGAAAGAGCAGGUUUCGCAACUGGUCAGCACCAGCGCGGAUCAUCUCGGCUUUGGACACGGUCAACAUGCGUGCCCAGGCCGAUUCUUCGCGGCAAAUGAAGUCAAAAUCGCAUUGUGUCACCUGUUGAUUAAGUACGACUGGCGUUUAGCUCAAGGGGCCAAACCCAAUGUCAGACGCUACGGUUUCUCCCUGAGCGCGGAUCCUCUUAUACAAGUUCAGCUUAGCAGGCGCAAGGAGGAUAUUGAAGCAUAAGCCACUUCAAUGGAUCAAUGUUCGAAUAUCACAUUGGCGGAAAGGACAUUUAAAAGAAAAAAGUAUAGCAGAUGGAUUGAGAUCGCCCUAAUUAGUAAUACCGUUAGUCUUAUUCUUAUAAUUAGGCAGCUGAAGGAAAUCAUGUUAGUCUGCUCAAUGUACCU